AUGACUGAGAUUGGAAGUCCAAAAGAAGACACUCCAUCAACGUAUGGACAAAAUGAAGGAAUAAUACCCACAGGACCUAUUGACCUUGAUUCAUCAAUUCCUUCAUCUCCAAAAAAUGAUGAAUCAAUGACAGCAACCCAAUCAAAUGUUGAUAGCGAGAAAACUGAGACAAAGAGAAAACUGACUUCCUUUGUUUGGAAUCAUUUCAAGAAGCAAAAAAUUAAUGGAGUUGACAAAGCUGUUUGCAACUAUUGUCAAAAAAUAUUAGGAGGAUCAAGCAAAAAUGGAACAACACAUUUGCGUGAUCAUUUUAACAUAUGUUCUCUUAGGAAGCAUCGAGAUAUAAAACAAUCAAUCUUAAAUCCAAGUAAGAAGAAGGAUGGAAGUACUUCACUAGCUGCUCACAACUUUGAUCAAGAGUGUUCAAGACACAAACUUGCUAAAAUGAUUGUUUUGCAUGAGUAUCCACUCAAUAUGGUUGAACAUCAUGGAUUUAGAGAUUUUGUCAACUCUCUUCAGCCAUUUUUCAAGAAUGUAUCUCGAAGUACUAUUAGGAGGGAUAUAUUGAAGAUAUAUGAGAAUGAGAAGACCAAGACAAAGAACUCAAUUAGUGACAAUUGUAGUAGAGUUGCAAUCACAACUGACAUGUGGACAUCAAAUAAUCAAAAGAGAGGGUAUAUGGUGGUGACUGCACAUUAUAUUGAUGAUUCAUGGAAUUUGCACAAUCGAAUUAUCAGGUUUAUAUAUGUGCCUGCCCCUCAUACUGCUAAGUUAUUAGCAAAAGUGUUGAUGGAGUGUUUGGUUGAAUGGUCUCUUGAACGUAAGUUGUCUACUCUUACUUUAGAUAAAUGUACUGUGAAUAUUGCCAUGAUGGAUCAAAUGAAAGAAAAAUUGAGAAAUGCUUCUUUACUAAUGAAAGGUGAAUUAGUUCAUAUGAAAUGUUCUGCUCAUAUCUUGAACUUGAUUGUCCAACAAGGAUUAGGAGCAAUUCAAGGUGCCAUAGAAACUAUACGUGAGAGUGUAGUUUUUUGGACUGAUGUGUUCAGUCGCUUAAUACACACUGAGAAAAAUUACAAAAAAGAACCUAGUGAGCGAGAUUGGCUUUUGGCAAAAGUUAUGUGUGAGAAACUGAAGUUGUUUUACCAUGUCACUGAGAUGUUUUCUGGGACCAAAUAUCCUACUACUAAUCUAUUCUUCUCUAAGAUUUGUGAUAUUUGGUUGUUGCUUAAGGAGUGUCUUAAGUCUUCAUACGAUGAGAUUAGGAUAAUGGCAUCAAAUAUGAUGGAUAAAUUUGAGCAGUAUUGGACUUCCAUUCAUGGCAUAUUAGCCAUAGCAACUGUUAUGGAUCCAAGGUUUAAGAUGAAAUUGAUUGAGUAUUAUUUUCCUAAAAUUUAUGUUGGUGAAUAUCAAAAUGAAGUUGAACGAAUUAGAAUGUUGUGCUAUGAUUUGGUGAAAGAAUACAAACCAAAUGAUGGAAAAGAAAAUCUUCCUGAUCCUUUAUCCAAUGCUUCUGGAGUUGGAGGGGAUAGUGAUGGAUGUGUGGAUCCUUUAGCUGGUUAUGACUUGUUCGUUAGUAGUACUUCUAAGGUGGAUACUUUCAAGUCUGAGUUAGAGUUCUACUUGGAGGAAGCAGUUUUGCCUAGGAGUGAAGAGUUUGAUAUUUUAGCUUGGUGGAAGACAAAUGGUCUUAAGUAUCCAACAUUACAACAAGUUGCUAGAGAUGUUUUGGCUAUCCCAGUGUCUACAGUAGCUUCUGAGUCUGCUUUCAGUACUAGUGGAAGACAUGUGACUCCUUGUCGUAAUAGGCUUCACCCGAGUAUGUUGGAGGCAUUAGUAUGUACUCAAGAUUGGCUAUGGGAUGAGAAACUAGAUGCAUCACAAAAUGAGAUUUCACAUAGUACAUUCUUUGAUGAUGUUGAAGAUGAUGAAGCGGGUCCAAGUUUUGUGGAUUUUGAUUCUUGA